GAACACCUCGCUGCCGAAGGUAGGCUCCUACUUCUGAUCGAUCUCGUUGGGCUCGUUGAAACAGUUGGGCAUCUCAACUUGGACCAUACUAUUGCAUGGCUCUAAGAUUUCUCCUCAUCCUUCUUCACUCAGCCGGCUCCCCAUGAUGGCCCCAGCAACGACGUUCGAAGAACCGCGUGUUGCAGAGGACGUCAAUGACCACCGUGAUGGCCUUGCCCUCGAAGCAACCUCUGAUGCCAUCGACGAAGUCAACGUCCUGAAGGCCUCGAUGCGGGUGAAGAACGGCACAGCGACCCAAGCGGAAGUCGACCUGUACGAGAAAUCCCGCUUCGACGCCGACAAAGACAAGACCCAGUUCCGCCAGUACGAAGCCGCCUGUGAUCGAGUCAAGAACUUCUACCGCGAACAGCACUCCAAGCAAACCGUCGCCUACAAUCUCAAGGCACGACAUGACUUCAAGACGAAGACGCGGGCCGAGAUGACGAUCUGGCAGGCCAUGGAGAAGCUGAACACGCUUAUCGACGAGUCCGAUCCGGAUACGUCGCUCAGCCAGAUCGAACAUCUGUUGCAAUCCGCCGAAGCAAUCCGCCGAGAUGGCAAGCCCGAGUGGUUCCAGGUGACUGGCCUGGUUCACGAUUUAGGGAAGUUGCUGUUCUUCUAUGGCGCGCAGGGGCAAUGGGACGUCGUGGGCGACACUUUCCCCGUCGGCUGUCGGUUCGACGAAACGAUCAUUUAUCCCGGCACAUUCGUCGACAACCCGGACAGCCACGACCCGAUCUACAGCAGCGAGUACGGGAUCUACUCGCCCGGCUGCGGGCUGGAUAACGUGAUGCUGAGCUGGGGCCACGACGAGUAUCUGUACCAUAUCUGCAAGGAGCAGAGUACGUUACCUGACGAGGCGCUGGCGAUGAUAAGGUAUCAUUCAUUCUACCCGUGGCACUCGGCGGGUGGGUAUCGGUGGAUGGUGGAUGGAAAGGAUGAGAAGAUGCUUGCUGCUGUUAAGGCAUUCAAUCCGUAUGAUCUGUAUAGCAAGAGUGACGACACGCCCAAGGUUGAAGAUCUGAAGGCGUAUUAUAUGGAGUUGAUCAAUACGUACUUCCCGCCCCGGGAGGGGGAGACGGAAAGGGUGAUCAGAUGGUAGUGCGUCGUUUCUUUCGUAGCGCAUGAUGGGUAUGCAGCUGCCGUUUCGUCGUAACGAUGAAGUAAAGCAACUCAGAAGGCGUUCCUGCGCACUUGUCCCACGCUGUCACCUGCUACAACAAGGCCGCAAGCAGGUCAGUAUCCAGCUCCCACACUUUCUCGCUGCCUCCGCGCAUCAAUUAACGCGCCGGUGAGCGUAGCCGCGGUAACGACGGCCACAAUCGUCAAAAGCACGACAACCUCCCACCAAGCCCAGCCUGGUCCGCGUCUGCUCCUUGUCGUUGCCGAAAGUGAUGUCAUGUUGCUCGGUUCCGAGCCUGUGAGGCUGUUGCAUGGUGUAUAGC